AUGUCUACCAAGGCUCAUCAACACCAUCAGUUUGAAUCCAAGACUUCUGACGCCGUCAGGCGUCGUCUCUCCUCUGUGUCCGGCAAGAAACCCCAUGUUGCUGCCUCGUACUCUAGUUUGACCCCUAUGUGGGCUGGUAUCGCUGGCAAUCCAGUCAACAACAAUACCCAGUUCGAAAUCGCGGUCUCUGUUCAUGACUCGGUCUACAGUACUGACUUCGCGUCCACCAUCAUCCCAUACUCUGCUACAGAGCUCGAGAAGACCGCCAAAGUCAUCGAACAGCACGUCUUGGAGACGCUUCGCAGCUUCUGCAGCGAACAUCUAUGCAAGUUCCUUGGCGCCGGUGUCACUCUGUCGCUCCUUCGCGAGUCUCCAAAUUUGUGUACACGCCUGUGGCUUGACAUGGAUAUUGUUCCUAUCGUCUUCAAUAUCAAGCCUUUCCACACAGACUCCGCGACACGCCCCAACAUCAAACACCGCAUCUCAUCCACUACUGGUUCCUAUGUUCCCUCUGGGGCCGAGACUCCAACAGUGUACGUAGAGUCCGCUCAUAUAGCUGCUGCGGAUCCGCACCUCCAGGUCGGUGUCACGGGUCGUCUCCCUAUCCUACGCACUCUCGAUGAGCAAGCCGACUCUGCAGCACGGAAAUGUAUAAUGUACUUUGGUCCCGGAAACAACCCUCGCCUUAGUAUUGGUCCUCGGAACCAGGUCACCGUCGAUGCCGCUGGCAAAAUUCAUUUGUUAGAUGAUCUAGAUGAGUACAAGAAAACCGUGGGGUCUGGCACCUGGAACGCCGUUGUUAAGCUUGCGGAUGAAUUACGCGAAAAGCAAGUCAAGAUUGGAUUCUUCUCUUCGACCCCACAAGGAGGUGGCGUAGCCCUCAUGAGACACGCCUUGAUUAGGUUCUUGACCGCACUUGACGUUGACGCUGCAUGGUACGUUCCAAAUCCGUCGCCCCAGGUAUUCAGAACUACCAAGAACAACCACAACAUCCUCCAAGGGGUCGCCGCCUCAGAUCUCCGCCUGACCAACGACGCCAAAGAAUCCUUUGACGCUUGGAUCUUGAAGAAUGGUCUCCGCUGGACUGCCGAAGGAGGUCCCUUGGCUCCUGGCGGUGUCGAUGUUGCUUUCAUAGAUGAUCCUCAGAUGCCCGGUCUUAUACCUCUAAUUAAGAAACUCCGCCCUGAGUUGCCCAUUGUGUACCGUUCGCAUAUCGAGAUCCGUAGCGAUUUGGUCCAUGUCCCUGGUUCACCACAAGAGGAGGUGUGGAAAUAUCUGUGGAACAACAUCCAGCUUGCCGACCUGUUUAUCAGUCACCCGGUGAACAAAUUCGUUCCCUCUGACGUUCCCAUCGAGAAGUUGGCGUUACUUGGAGCUGCCACUGACUGGCUCGAUGGUCUGAACAAGGAUCUUGGUGCUUGGGACUCCGCAUUUUACAUGGGAGAGUUCCGAAGCCUGUGUGUCAAGGAGAAGAUGAACGAACUCCAAUGGCCACAGCGUAGCUACAUCAUCCAAAUUGCCCGGUUCGACCCCGCAAAGGGUAUCCCUAACGUUAUCGAUUCUUACGUGAAACUCCGACGCCUCCUCAAGGCCAAGUGCCCCGACCUCGAGGACGAUGAACACCCGCAGAUGUUGAUCUGUGGUCAUGGCGCUGUCGAUGACCCCGAUGCCAGCAUCAUAUACGAUCAAGUUAUGCAGUUGAUCUAUUCCGAUGCAUACAGGGAGUACGCAAACGACUUCGUCGUUAUGAGGCUUCCUCCCAGUGACCAAUUGUUGAAUGCGCUUAUGUCUAACGCGAAGAUUGCGCUGCAACUUUCGACCCGCGAAGGCUUUGAAGUCAAGGUCUCCGAAGCUAUCCACGCUGGAAUUCCGAUUGUUGCCUCCCUUACAGGUGGUAUUCCUCUUCAAGUCGAGCACGGCAAGUCAGGAUAUAUUACUAAGCCCGGUGACAAUGCUGCCGUCGCCCAGCACCUCUUCGACCUCUACACCGAUGUCGAGUUACACAGGACUAUGAGCAAGUAUGCGAAGACACAUGUCUCCGAUGAGGUCGGCACCGUGGGUAAUGCCCUGGCCUGGCUGUACCUGGCUGUCAUGUACUCUCGUGGUGUCAAGAUUCAACCCAAGGGGGCUUGGUUGAAUGAUCUUGCUCGUGCCGAGACAGGAGAACCUUACGCCCAGGGUGAACCCAGGCUACCCAGGACUCCGCUUAACAUGCAGGGAUGA